ACUGAUUUUCGCUGGAUGUUGAAAAGACUAAACCAGCUGAAAAAGGAAAGGGAAGAUCAACAGGCAAAGGUUGUGGAGAGUUUGGAAAAUGUAAAACACAUAGAGAUAAAACCAAGCGGCAAAGCUGAAUUUAGCUUUGACAUGAAACUUUGGGAUCCAAACAGCAAUGUUACCUUAUUUAAGGAUGGGACAAUGGUGCCAUGUGGUGAAAAUGAAAAUUCAAAGCAUAGCCUUAAGAUAAGAGGCAUAAAUUAUCUGUUCAGCAUCCAGAAUCCUCAGCCAGAAGAUGCUGGAUUUUAUCAAGUUGAUGUUGAUGAGACAAAUGUUCUUGCUACCAACUUUCAAGUGCAGUCAGUGGAAUUCACAGCCGGUAUUAAGGAUACCAAGGCCACUGAGAGUGAGGACGCCGUCUUUCAGUGCAUCUUGUCAACACCACUCAAUAGAAUUACUUGGGCAACACAAAAUGUCUCACUCGAACACGGGGACAAAUAUGAGAUUACAGCCUCGGAGGACAAACGCGUUCACACAUUAAGGGUCAAAGACUGCAACAGAGCGGAUAAUGGAGCUUAUUAUGCGAUCGCUGGCAUUGUAUCCAGCAGCGCCUCUCUAACAGUGGAAGAUCGCGGUGUUCAGUUUGUAAGUGGACUGUCAAAUAUGGUAGCUGAUACUGGCCAGCGGGCAGAGCUGUCAUGCAAGCUGAGCAGUGAGACAAUCAAAGGACACUGGUAUAAAAAUGGGAAGCUGCUCACGAAUGACGACGGAGUAACAAUUAUCAAAGAUGGGUCCUGUCACAAGCUGGUUAUCGACUGCUUUAAAAUGGAUGAUACAGGUGUCUACCGCUUUGAGGCUGAAGGACGGAAAUCAGAAGCGACCCUUAACAUUCAAGAUCCACCAAAAAUUGACCCAGAAGCUCUCGGAAAAUUCACAAAUCCUGUUGUAAUAAAAGCAGGUGAAAAUGCUGAAUGGAAGCUGCCACUCUCAGGUGGUGCCCCAAUGACUGUGCAGUGGUACAAGGAUGACACUGAGCUUUUACCUGGACUCAAUGUGAAGAUGGAAACAACAGCUACUGGGAGCAAACUAUGCCUUAGUAAGUGCCAAAGGAAAGACAGCGGAGAGGUCAAAAUUAAAAUAAAAAAUAAAUAUGGUACAGUAGAGGCAACGUCCAAGCUUAUUGUAUUGGGUUACCCUGGACCCCCAACAGUACCUAAAGUGGUCAGUAUCUUUAAAGACUGCAUUAAUCUGGCAUGGAGUGCUCCAUGUGACACAGGAGGAACUAACAUAGUGGGAUACAAUUUGGAAAGGAAAAAGAAAGGAACCAAUUACUGGAGCCUUGUAAAUCAAAGAGGACCAAUAAAAGACACAAAGUAUGCAGUAAAAGAUGUUUUUGAGGGGGCAGCUUAUGAAUUUAGGGUUUCUGCCGUCAACCUAUCCGGUGCUGGUGAUCCCAGCAUUCCAUGUGACACAGUGAUCGCAAGAGAUCCAAUGAAACCCCCAGGCAAAGUCACAGACCUAAAAUUAAUCUCUUCAAAUUACACAACUUUUUCACUGGCUUGGAGAAAACCAAAGGAAGUCAAAGGGGUAGAGGAUGAAGCCCACGGGUACUUUGUGGAGAUCAGACCAAUACAGAGCCCUGAAUGGACUUGCUGUAAUGCCUCUCCAAUUAUAGGAACUUCCUACAAUGUACUUGGCUUGAAGGCAAUGGAGACAUACUGGGUGAGAAUAAUUGCCACCAAUUACGCAGGUGAUGGAGAACCUCAGGGCUUCGAUAAUUACGUCAUUGCCAUGCCUCCUCCUGUAAGACCAAAGUUCAAAGGCCGAAACAUCAAGACCUUUAUGGUGGUGAGAUCUGGAAAUACUGUUCGCCUAAACAUCAACUUUGAGGCUUGUCCAAUGCCAGACAUCUCUUGGCUCAAAGAUGGUAUUCCAAUACCAAAACAUGUAACAAUUACUAACUCAGACAAAUCUUCUCAAUUGCUAAUCCCCAUAUCUGAGUGGUCUGACACUGGUAUCUACACCAUUGCCAUCAAGAACCUUGUAGGGCAGGAGACCUUUGACAUUGAAAUAAGAGUUACAGAUGUUCCCAAACCUCCAGGUCCAGUAGAGCUUCAGCAGAACAUCCCUGAAACAGUGACUCUGUCCUGGUCCUCCUCUCCAGAUGAGAAGAGGGAUGACAGGUUGCAUUACAUGAUAUCAAAGCGCGACUCCUUCAAAUGCAUUUGGAGAACAAUGGCAGACAACAUCUUCAACAACAAAUUCACAGUCGCCAACAUUGUACCUGGACGAGAACAUAAAUUCAGAGUAUUCGCUAAGAAUGACAUGGGCCUUUCAACACCUGCAGAGUCCCCUACAUGGACAACCCAGAAAGAAAAAGGAAAGUUCAUAGUGAACAUACCAGAGAAAAGGUCCUUUAACUUCCAAUCAGCUCCAUCAUUUAUUGUUCCCCUGAAGAGACGUACAGCGCCACAAGGUUAUGAGUGCUGCAUGAGUUGUGCUGUUAAGGGUGAUCCAGCUCCUCAUGUGACAUGGUACCACAACAACAUAAGCCUGAACACAAACAUCAACUACUACAUCAGUAAUGUGUGCGGGGUCUGCUCCUUGCUGAUACUGAAGGUGGGACCCAAGGACAAUGGAGAAUACAAAGUGGCCAUAGACAACCCACUGGGGAGAGCCGAGUGCUCCAUGAUGUUGAACAUCAGAGACAUCCCAACACUUCCGUUUCUCCGCAGUCUGCUCGUUCAGGUGGACCGUCUCAGUCAACCUCCUCACCUGACACUGUCCCCGGAGCGGGACACACCCAGUGGGGCCAGGCGCUUGACACCAAAAGAGAGAGCUGCUCUGAUCUCCUCCCCACCUCACCGGCUGUAG